UUCUAGUUCGUUUUUUUUUUUAAAAAAAAAUAUUAAUCAGCAACCAACCAUGGUCGAAGCUGAUGGUAUCUUAUUCUUCACAUGAGUCAAUAGAGAAGCAUUAAAUUGGACUGCGCGGCGUCUCUCUUCCAUCUCUUAAUUUGUGGUUAAUCCGUCUUGCGGGCACCUACCUCUGCCCCACCAAUUCUCAAUUCAGAUUAUCAGCGAGCAAUUAAUUACCUUUAGGUCACUUUUGCGAUCCAAAUCGGAGCAAUUCUUCUGCAAAAUCAUGAGUGAAGUCUUCGAAGGAUACGAGCGUCAGUACUGCGAGCUCUCUGCCAAUCUCUCUCGAAAGUGCAACUCCACUUCUCUUCUUCCCGAUGGAGUGGAAAAGAACGCAAAGGUCAAUGAGAUUAAAUCUGGACUGGAUGAUUGUGAUGUUCUGAUUCGGAAAAUGGACCUCGAGGCGAGGAGUUUGCAGCCGAAUGUGAAGGCUAUGCUUCUGGCCAAGUUGAGGGAAUAUAAGUCUGAUCUGAAUAAGUUGAAGAGGGAAUUUAAGAGGAUAACUUCUGGCGAUGUCAAUCAGGCUUCCCGUGUAGAGUUGUUGGAAGCUGGGAUGGCUGAUGUGCAUUCGGUUUCUGCAGAUCAAAGAGAAAGAAUGACUAUGUCCGUAGAGAGACUAAAUCAGUCAGGUGAUAGGAUUAAGGAGAGCAGAAGAACCAUGCUAGAGACAGAAGAGCUUGGUGUCUCAAUUCUUGAAGAUUUGCAUCAACAGCGCCAGACUCUCCUACAUGCUCAUAACAAGCUCCAUGGAGUAGAUGAUGCUAUUGACAAGAGUAAGAAAGUCCUAACUUCUAUGUUGAGAAGAAUGACCAGAAACAAGUGGAUCGUUGGCUCAGUAAUUGCUGCUCUUGUCGUGGCCAUCAUCUUUAUAAUCUUAUUCAAGAUUUCUCAUCAUUAAUAAACACUUGAAAUUGUUUAGGCAUAAAUUGUUGCUACUGCUGGUCUCCAGUGCCAGUUAAACUCUACUCUUAUUUGUGCAUGUUGUAUACAGAUUUAUCAGUCGUGUACUGAGCAUUAUGCCAUCACUAUGUAUAUGAAAAUCCUGUGUUGUCUA